CAUCACCGAUCGCAGCUACAUUAAUAACUCAAUUUACCGAUUUCUUCCCCCUCUCUCUCUCUCCUGCUUAACUUAAAAAAAUGAAUUGUCCAUCGUCGAGAUAACAGUCACGAAUGAACACAUCUGGUGUUUCCGGAGUGUAUAUUGUGAGUCACUUGGUGAAACUUUUGAUAGAUUGAUUGUGACCUGCCCAGUCAAUCAUCAGAUACUCCUCAGGACUCUUUCUCCGACGAGAUUGUCGAUUGUGGGCGCGUAUCCUCCAGAUGUAUUUGAUUCUAGUGUGAAGAUUCGUGAAAGAGAUCAUUCGGGACGAACAUGGACGAUGUGAACGAGAAGUCCGCGGCGGACUCGCAAACGUCAACGUUGACCGAGAAUCACAAUUAUAACAGACUUCGCAAGAGAAACGUAAACGAUUCGAGGAAUGUCAACGGGGCCAACGGAGAAAAUGCGAGAAGUGAACGCGUGCCCCUCGUAAUUUUGUCCGACUCUACGAAAGCGUGGCACGACGGUAGCGUGCCACGGAUACCUAACGUCAUCACUACGGACGUGGUUGCAUCAGGUAAACUGCAAAACGGAGUGCUGAUUCAUAAAGACAAUUGCGACGACGACGACGACGACGAUAACGACGACUCCCGUGCGACGGACCUUUUCAUCAAUCGUGAGAAGAUGAAAAUCAACGUCAUAUGUGGCAGUAUCGCCAACCCGGAUCUGACCCUAGGAGAGCUAAGACUGCUUGGCUGCAGCAACGAGGGCUUCGUUAAUGAUGAUAUACGAAGGGUACUAUGGCCAAAGUUGCUGAGAUUGGUGCAAGAAGAUUCUGAGCCAGUAAGUGGACUGGAAACUGUACAUACCUGCAUACCGAAUGAGAUUUAUCAGCAGAUACUGAAAGACGUGGCACGUAGCGGCAGUCAUAUCUCGCAAGAUGCGACAGAAAAAGAAACAGAGAGUUUUCAGGAACAAUUGACACAGCUUAUGUGCUGGGUGCUUCACAGGCAUUCACAAUUGAAUUACUACCAGGGAUAUAACGAUGUGGCAGCUACAGUGCUGCUUGUGAUGGGAUUGGAAGCAGGUUUAUACGUACUCGAAAGUAUAUCAUUAGAGUUCCUAGAAAGAUUUAUGGAAAAAACUAUGGAAAAAGUGAAUCAAGAACUAUUCUAUAUAUUUGCACUGCUAGAGCGGAUACAUCCAACUCUUCUGGAACAUUUAGAAAAUGUAGAACUGUUCCCACACUUUGCUCUGGCCGAGUAUACAACAUGGUACGCUCACAAAUAUGCAGAAAAUAGAAAGUUGUUGCACAGAUUAUUUGAUUAUUUUCUGGGUAGUCCCCCACUGAUGCCUCUCUAUUUGAGUACAGUAAUUGUCGCGUAUAGAGCAACUGAAAUCUUUAAUACCACACCUGAUAUGGGACACACGCACAAAGUUCUGUGUACAUUGCCCGAUGACUUGCCUUUUGAAACUCUUUUAUUAGAGGCAAAGGACUUGUAUCGAAAGUAUCCUCCCGAGUCCAUUAGUAACGACGUUAGAGAUUACGAUCACAAGAGAAAGAUUAAGGAACAAGAAUGGAAAACAAAGGCGGAAGCAAGUCGGCAAGAGAGAGAAAGGCAACGAAAAUUAAAAGUCGUGCAAUCGACUCCGAGGAUAUCUUAUCGCAUUAGAAGUUACAAAACCAUCACAGUUGUGACCAUUUUAGCUUUAGGAAUAUAUGCUUUCAUAAGAUCCUCGACUGGACUCAACUGACAUUAAUUAAUAUUACUCGUGAAAAAAAAACGAGUAUUUUUACACACAUUUUUUAAGGCAGAAAAACUCUUCGAUAUGAUUUUGAACAAGAAAUUGAGAAAUGUAUGAAGGUUACUCAAGAGUGCUUUGCCAAAGAAGGCAAAUAUGCUGUUAAAAUUAUUCAUUGAGAGGUUUGUAAUUUGUAUGAGAAAUUUUAUUUUAGAACAUAUAGAUCAGAAUUUUGUGCAUUCCUAUGCUGCCUUUAUGCUGUGUUCUCUAGAACUGAUCGAAAAGUUUUGCGUGUAUGUGCUAAAUCGUAUGCGUAUAAAAAAACUUACGCGUAUUUUCUUUUGUUAAAAAUCAUCGUCAUUUAAAAUCAAUUAAGUCUAUUGAAGAUGUAUAACAAAGAGAAGAACAAUUUUAGAUAUUCAAAUAAUUGCUAAAACCAAACAAAGAUUUGCUAAAAAAAAUAAAACUUUUUCAGUAAUAUAUAUAUAUAUAUAUAUAUGUGUAUACAGAAUGUUAUGUUGUGUGUUAUUGUCGGGAAAAAUUUUAUGUGUAUUUUAAUCUUGAAAAAAAAUGAAUAUAAUAGUUAAUAAAAUUGUCUUGUUUUUCAACAAUAUUCAUUUAUUAUCUUUGGGAAAAUGAAAACUUUUGGUUGUAACUUACAUUGUAACACAUGUUUUAUUCUCUAAAUGCGUACCGCAUUACGUAUUGUUUGUAGUAUUGUUUAUUUAGAUUUAAUAUCACUAUGACGCAAAAUGUUAUAUCAGAAGGUAUAAUUGUUAUCGCUCGUGAAUUCUACACGAUAUGUAUUCAUCUUAUCACUUUUUAUAUUUUGUACGUGAAAAUGAUUUUGUAGAGAAACGUUGUCUUAAGUUAUGUAAGUUUUGUAAGUUUAUAUUCAAGGAUCACACACAGAGGAGAGACAUAUAAAAUAUCAUACAAUAUUUUGGGAUAUUUCUGUAUCUCUUUAUAAUAUCUACACAUCAAAAGAAUGUUCGAAGUCGUAAUACAGUUUUUCUGAGAGAAAACAGCUACUGUGUAUCUUUGUUAAAUUAUAAUUCUUUGUAAUAAAUGUUUUAUCUUGUCGUUUUUCCCGAUCUUAAAAUAUUAUAUAUACUAUAUUAUAUAUGUAUUGUUCAUGUGUUUGUUGCACACUGUGAGUCAAUGUAAAUAUAUGGCAUGUUUAUAACGGAUUUAUAACUUCUAAGUUUGAAGUGCUGUCUUUGUUGGUAUUCUAAUUGUGAUGUAUCAGUCAUUGUAAAUAUUAGUAUGUAUUAAUUUAUAUAUAUAUACACACACACAUAUGUACAGUAGGAAGCAUCAUAUCGCGCGGCUCCAGGGGAAGUAUUUCUCGGAAAUUUUUUUUCUAGCUGCUCGUGUUACUGCGCGCUGCUCUCCUUCGAUCUCGGGCUGCUGGCAGAGAUCGAAGGAGAACGACGCGCGAUAGUAGAAGCAGUCAAAGAAGAAAUUCCCGAAAAAUACUUCCCCUGGAGCCGCCCGAUAUGGCGCUCCCUACUGUAUAUGCGUGUGUGUGUACAUACAUAUAAAAAAUUCUUAUACAUUAUUGCUAAAUGUAUGUUAUACUAGUCAUGGUAACUCAAUUAUUCUUUGUUUGUUGAGAUCACAAGUUAAUAUAACUCACAAAUUAGUAAAACAUGUAUAUUACAACCAAUUAAGAGUAUAAAAAUGCGUGUGAUGUUUAUGUGCGCAUCACUAGUGUAUAAGGAAAGAGAGAGAUAAUAUACAUUAUAUUUAUAAGAGAUAUACGUGUGAGCAUAUAGCCAGUUAAAAGUAAAAGAUAAUAUUUCCAAAAGUGAUUUUUAUAAAUUUACAUAUUAUUUUAUAAAUCUGUCCAAAUUGAUAUUUGAUGGUAAUGUUGUGUAAUGAGAUAUUUUAACAGAUGCACACAAAUCUGGUAAAAUUAAUAAAAAUUAUAUUUUCAAUUA